GUUUCAUCAACUCAACCAUGACCAUCAUAGAAUACGAGGGUCCUGUGCUCGCGGCGUUGCUCGCUGCAGCAUUUUCCUGGGUCGGGCGCCUUGCUUUGCCCCAGAUGCAAGCCCUCUUCGUGGCGCUGUGGAAGGAGUGCCCGACAGCUAACGAUGGGUCCUCGGAAAUCCACCUUAUAGCACAGGCAGAACGUCUAGUUUGCGCAGCGACAUCCCUCGUGAACGCUAUCCCAAGACCUGCACUCACGUAUUUCUUCACCUCUGUCGCCGCCCCGCUCGUUUUGUUCCCCAUCCUCGAGUCUACUCGGCCGGGCGUCCCUGCGCACCUCUCCCGCCCUGUUGUUGCCUUAUUGUUCUCCCACGUCCUCCUACUCCCGCUCUCGAUACCUCUCCAUGCCCUGCUCUUCCUCAUGCGCAGCCGGUCCUCUCCUCCAGCUCCGCUCGCGCAGGCCCACGCCGAAUCCGCCGUCUUCGGCUUCCUCAUCGGCCCCGCGGUGCUCUCCGGCGCCAUGCUCGCGCUCGACGACCCGGGCGUAACCGCCGUCUGGCAGUUCGCAGGCUUCGUGAGCGCGGGCGCGCACUACGCGCACCUCCUCGCGCGAAGGGCGACGGAGUCGGGGUAUGAGCUUGUCAGGGGUGCGCUACUGGCAGUGUUCAUGCUCUCGUCGUCCUCGCACAUCGCGCUGGCGGCGGAGGUGCUGGGGGAUCCGGGAAAGGUUGCGGACGUGGUGCUGCCGACCUUCGGGGUGACGCUGGAGGAGCGGGCGCUGGAUGCGCUCAAGUGGACGGGGAUUGUUGGGGUGGGCUCGACGGUGCUUGCGACGCUCUCGUUCGCGGACACUUGGCAGCAGUUGCUUGGGCUUCUCGGGUGGUAUGUCUUCGCGCCGCCUUUCGCGGGUCCAGCAGCUGCUAUCACGGGUACGCUGCUCUGGCGCGAAUCGCGUACGCACCCGGCCCAAGUCGUCGCUCCUACUCUGGACAAGCUGGCAGUCGCAGAGCAACCUCAAGGCGACUCGGAUGCACUCGUGCCGUCCACAAAACCCGCGAUAGAUCUCGAGCCGAGAUUCGAGUUCUAGCAGUCAGGAUCUACAAUAACAUGCCUGAGAGAGAAAUAUGAUACAGGGUGUUCAGAUAGCAAUGUCACAGCCAAAUAGAAUGCGAGAAUAAGGGGCAAGGGAGGUCGGAGGGGGUGCUUGCGCGUCAACGUCUGCCCUUCCCGUUGGCCUUGCCGUUGACAGGUGCCUUCUUCUUUGCACCACCGUUGACCGCCUUUUUCUUUGGCCUGUCGUCGUCCGAGUCCGGCACGUUCUCUGCGCGCUUCUUGUCCG